CCUUUUUUCCCUCCCCUCUCCUCCGCUCCGUUCCCUCCCUCUUUCUACCGCGACAAAACCCCCAAAGCUUCGACUUUUUCUCCCUGGUUCGCGUCCUCUAUCUCGCCGUCGCCCUCAUCUCCUCUGUCGCGGCUCCAUUGCGAUUCUCCUUAUGGAAACGCCGGACUACGAGGGCGGAAUCGGCGGGAAAAUCCGGCGGCGGCCGCUCCGGAGGGCCGCCGCGACGCCAUACGAUCGACCCCCCACCCCCGCCCGCGGUCUCGUGGUGCAGCCUUCGGAGCCCGGGUGGCUGUCGAAGCUCGUCGAUCCCGCGUCUCGGCUCAUCACCAGCAGCGCGUCGAAGCUCUUCUCCUGUGUGUUACGCAAGCGUCUCCCCGCGCCGUCGGUCGACGGAGCUCUAGGUGAAGAAGGCUUUCAAUCUGGACAAGAAGGUGUUGAAGCAGCUUUUGUUGAACUAUCAGCUGAAUUGCAGGAAAAUAAAGCUGACUGUGAAAAUAAUGCAACAAAUAAUUCUGACAGCAAUAAAGUUAUGGAGUUCGAACAACUUAUAAAGCAGAAGACUUUCACAAGGGAUCAAUUUGAGCAUUUGACAGGGAUACUGCAUUCAAGAAUUCUUGAUUCAGAUUUGCCAAAACCUGACAAGAAAUUAGUUGAAAUGACUGUUCCCCUACCUGCAAAAGAUAUAGAAAGCUCCAGACCACACGAUGAUAUCACAACUCCUGCAAAUGUUCAAGCUAUCGACGAUCAAACUGCUUCACCAGUGGAACUUGCAAAAGCAUAUAUGGGUUCUAAAUUUCCAAGUGUAUCCCCUUCAUCUCUAAGGUGGCAUAGAAGACAUAUCUUCCAAGAGCAUAAAACAGUGCCAUGUAACUCAACCUAUGCAACAAAGCCAUUUGAUCUGAAAGGUCCACGAUCUGUUGUUCGAUUUUCUGGAUCUGCUGAGAUUCCUGAUAGUGUGACACCAACAUCUCAUGAUAUAUCAGCAAUGUAUGGAAUGUCCUGUUCUCCCUAUUAUAAGGGCGAGGGAUCUUCCAAAAAAGGCAAUGCUGGAUUGUUACCUUUCCAGACGCCAGAAACCACUAGGCAAUUAGGGGGCAGACAGGUGCUCAAACGGAGAAGUUCAGUAUUAGACGAUGAUUUUGGAUCUUAUGGGUCUAUUCGCAGAAUUCGUCAGAAGGUAGCCACAAUGACUCCUUCGAAAAAAGUUAGGCAUCUGUUUCUUUCUGGAAAUCGUUGUCUUGUUCCCUCAACUCCAUUCAAGAAGGAUGUUCAAGAUGAUUCAUCACUGAAUCAAGAGCCUAAUUGCUUGGAUCAACAGCAAGGAGGCAACAGAAUAUCUGACAGUGCUGUUGCUUUUGUUUUACCUCAGUCAAAACAAAUUGAGAACAAAAUAUUCCAACAGCUAGAUAAGCUAGUGCCUUUAUCAAAGGAAAAAUCACCUAAAAUAAAGGAUUAUCCCCUGGAUGGAUCACCUGCUAAUAAGCAUGCAUUCUCAAAAGGCAUCAGCAAUUCUUCAUUUUAUAAACAAGAGACAGUUAAUGUCCUUGGGGAGAAUGGACCCUCAACUUCUAUUUCAGGAGUCAAAUCGGUAUCUGAAGCUGAUACCAUGCAGAAGCAAGCUAUUAAGAUGAGCACACCAGAGGAUACACAAGUGAAUAAUAUGGAUGCAUUGAUGGAUCCUUCCUGUCAAUUGAAGAAUGGAGAUGAGGUGAAGAAGUCACCAGAGAAACCUGUCAGAUCUUCAGUAAUAAGAACAGAGGGGUUUCCUCCAAGGACAUCUGCAAGCAUACCCUCAUCUUCUUCUGACUUUUCCAAGGCAGCUGACGUGAAGCCUUUGAAUGAUAUUGUUGUCAAUAAUGGCAAGGGUUUCACUUUUCCUUUUGCAUCUGCCCCCAGUAUAUCUCAACCACCUUCAACACCUACAGUUGCAACCCCGUUGGUUGAGAAGACAGUGGCACAAAAAGGAGAAAGUGUUUUCCCCUUGUUUUCCUUUGGCUCCGAGGACUCUAAUAGAUUGGAGUUUUCAUCAGCCACAACCAUGGGCAGUUCUAAUGCCACUUCUGGCCUAAAAAACAGCACAAGCAAUGCCACAACAUCAGCACUGAAGGGUUCAAUAUCAGAUAGAGGUGAAGGCCAGAUAACAGGAAAUCUGUCCAGAUCAGUUGGGCUUGUUGAUUCCUUGGAUAAAUCAACAAUGAACAAUUCUAUUGUAUUUUCUUUUGGCAAUUCCUGCAAUGAAAGCUUUCCUAAUGGUUCACUAAGUUCAUCUUCUACAUCUGCUUCAGUCAUGACACUUCCUGGAAGGACUGCUAGCUUGAUUUUCUCUACCACUGCUUCUGCCUUGGCCAGUUCCAGCAGUUCAUCUUCUUCAUCUGUGGCACAGAUUUUUUCCACUGUACCCUCACUUCUGUUUGGGUCUACAUCUUCAAUGGUUUCUACCACAUCAGUGCCUCAAUCAUUAGCUGAAUCUAAUGCAACAAAUUUGGAAGGAUCACCAUUGAGCAUAAAUUGUGCCUCUCCAGGUGCAACUGCAAAUUUUAAAUUUGGAGGCAACUCUUCCACCAUGCUGACAGCAGAUUACCAGUUCUCAAGAGCUGACAGCAACCCUGUUUUGGCAGCAUCAACUGUUCCGAGUAUUAGCAGUACUGUUUCUGCUGCAUCAACUCUGUUUUCAGGUUCCAACAGCAACCAGUCUGCUGUUGCACCAACAUCUACAUUUUCAGGUGCAAGCAACAGCAACCAGUCUGCUGUUGUGCCAACAUCAACAUUAUCAAGUGCAAGCAACAGCAGCCAGUCUGCUGUUGCUCCAACAUCGACAUUUUCAGGACUUGCAUUUGGAGCUCCAACCUCUGGCAGUUCACCUUUUGUGUUUGGUUCAUCAUCACCUCCAGUAUUCUCUUUCGGUUCUGCUGGUGCUAAUAGUUCAUCGAUCUCUUCUGCACAUACUGCAUUUGGCUCGCAAAACUCAGCUGUUGGUUUCAGCCCUGGAACUCCUGGAAAUGAUCAGAUGAACGUUAAGGAUAGCAUGGCCGAAGACCCCAACCAGUCAGCAGUUGGUACCAUUCCACCAUUUGGCCAACCAGGCACUUCAUCCUCUUUACCAGUAUUUGGUGCUCCAGCGACUCAGUCUGCUUCGUCAGUGUUUCAGUUUGGUGUUCAACAGAAUUCCUCUCUUCCUCCAGGGCCUGCCCCAUUUCAAGCAGCUGGCAGUCAUGAGUUUCCUCAAGGAGGAAGCUUUUCUUUGGGUACUGGUGGUGGCGACAAGUCUGGCCGCAGAAUAGUGAGGGUUAAACGAGAUAGAUCACGAAAAAAAUAGCUUAUAUGUCCUACAACAGUGUUCUAAUUGCUUGUGGAGAAAAUCGAAGUCGCAUGCUGCUGCCUGGGCAAUUCUUGUUUGCUUUAUGUGCAGGUUUCUGGAGGCAAGAAUCAAGGCUUUAACAGUUGCUGGAUUUUAUAACAAAGUUUGCCUUUGCAUUCUAAGCCAUCGGUCAAUUUCUCAGUUUUGGUCUACUUGUAGUGAUUGAUGAAUGUAGGGAUGUGCUUCCUCUCUUCCGUGUGUACUUUUAACUGUUGUAACAUAGAACUUGUGUGCUUCAUUUUGUAUGACUGGUGCAAUCAAAUGUGUUCCUUGAUGUCUUCAUCGAGGCUGGAGAAGAAUUUCUACCUCGAGAGUGAGCAAAAAAGAUUUAGACAAGCAAGAAUUUGGAUAAUUUAUGAGCCCAUGCUAGGUUCUUAUUAUUUAGAAUAUUUUUUCUAAUGUGAAGAUAAUGUAUAAAAUGGUUCUAUUACCUUUUCUUUU